AACAAUGUCUGAGCAUGAACAAGAUAGCGAAUUUCCUCUAAUGGAUAGCAUCAGUGAGGCUUUGAUUAAGAAUCUUGGAGAUAAAUCUUUGGAAAAAUAGGAAGCAGGCAUCCAUCGAACUCACUGAGAAAGUUUAUUCUCUUAAUUCUGAAAGAGAGAUUUAUAAUCUUAUAAAAUACUUCACUUUCCAUGUUGAUGACGAUACGGCUCAGAAAAGAAGAAUCGGGCUAUAUGGGAUCAGCAGUAUAGCUGUUGGCUUGUAUAAAGAAGAUCCAUUAACUGAUUUCUGCAAUUGCCUCGUCCAACCAGUUCUUGUUGCUCUUGGUGAUCGUGAACCUAAAGUUCAGCUCGCAGCAUGAGAUACAAUGUUUAAUAUUCUCAAAAUUUAUAGGGAAAAAGUGCUAUUUGAUCUUGAAUUUCCAGAAACUUUUGACAAAAUAGUCUCAGUAGUCUCAAACCCAAACAAUGACGUUAAAGAUUGGGGAAGAAAACUUGUAGAGUUCUUAGAAGAAAUUGUGUAUGGUGCUUUGAUCAAAAAUGAAGAUUUUGAUAUUGAAUCUUUAAUGAAUAAAGCAUACAGUAAACUGUCAAAAUCCCAAAACCAAGAUAUUCUCCAAGUCCUCAUAAAAUGGAUUAACACCUUUAGCUCUUUAAGUGAUUACGAUGUCAUUAAAAGUUUGCCAAAGUUUAUUGAAAAGCUGUUUAUAAUCUUGGGCACAAACACAAAACAUGAUAUUUAUACUAUGAGUGUUAACCAACUUAAACUUUUCCUUUGAGAUUAUGAGCACUGCUUAUGAAGAUGCAUCAGGCUUGAUAUUGAAGUUCUAAAAAGAUUGCUACACUUUCUCAGAGAUAAGAGGAACAAAACUAUUGACAAAUCUGUUAUAUUUGCAUUGUCUUGGUUGAAAAAUUUUCUUAAAUAUUUCAAAGAAGAUCUUGAACAAAAGAGAAUAAAUACAACUCUCCAAGACCUGAUGUCUUCCUAUGGGACUGAGGAAGAGAAGAUUUGUGCUAUGCAAGAAAUAUAUCAUGGCCCGAUAAGAAAAAUAACUAGUGACCUCAAUUCAAGAAGACAUGAAAGCUUGGAAGAACAAAAUCGAAAAUAGAGAAGACCUUAGAAAUACAAAUGAAGAACUUUUAACAGUAAUUUUCCCAGAUAUGCUUGGAUGCGUCUUUGACUACAUCUUUGUAGAAGAGGAAUUGAUAUACCUGGAGAUUAAAGAAAUCAAUAGAUCACUUGAAAAGUUAGUUAUUCUGGUGGCCAGAGAGAAUUAUGAUCUUAAUACAUUAAAAAUGAUUCUUAGUUCCAGUCUUGAAAAGGAUGAACCAAAAACUAAAAAUUUAGUCAUUGGAUGGUACAUUACUCUUUUCAAACAUUUCCCAACUUGUCUCUUUCAAAUAGAAGAUGAUCCUUCAUUCAUGAUUAUUGAAAAUCUCAAUUUCAAUGAUCCAAGAUAUAUAGACAGAGUUCUGUACUUAUUUUCACUAAAAUCUCUCGAAAGCAGUGAGUUUCUCAGCUCAAUUAUUGGACUUCUUCUGAGGAAAUUCAGAAAAUAAAAAGAAAUCAAACAUUAAGGAGUCUCAAAUUAACACUGCCAUUAACAUAAUGUGAAAAUACAUUGAUCCAAAAAUAAUAUUCUCCAAAUUUGCACAAGAAUUGAUGAGAUUUAAUGACGCUCAUUUUAUCGGAAACAUGACUGAAAUCUUAGAGCACUCUUUAGCAAGUGUAAAUAAAUACAAAUACCUCAGAGAUAUUUUAAAGAGAGACCAUAGUGAUGAGGAGAAGAAAGAAUUCUUUGAGACCUUAUUUGAAACAUUCUGUAUUAAGAACUUCUCAACUACAAAGCUUAAGAAUCCCAUCAGUUGAAUUACACUCUGUAUACUUGCUAAGAAGUAUAAGUUGGCUUAUUAUCUCCUAAUUUGAAUCAGUAAAAAUACUCGUUUUGAACAUUGAAUGCAGGUGUGUAAUUUUGUUCAGCAAUUGGAAGGAGCAAGCUUCAUGCACAUCAGAAUGGACCUCUUACACUUUGAAAAGAAUUAUUACCUUAUUAAAACCCUACAAAUGAUGUUAAUGAUACUCCCUACUGACAGUAAGGCACAUAUAAAUUUGAAGACAAGACUAGAGUGCAUUCAUAUUGACCCUAUGGUUAAGGCUAAGAAAAGACAAUAUUAUCGACAAAUAAAAAAAGGAAACAAAGAUCCUUUUCCCAGAACCAACAAGGAAGAGUCUCAGGAAGUUGAGAAAUAUGUCGAAAUGUUACAUGUGAUUAUUCAGAAAUUUCUGACAUAAUUAUUCAGAUCAAAUAUCUAGUUUCA